AUGAGAAGACAAAGAAAUGAAGUUGUUGUGGAGUUGAGAAAGAACAAAAGAGAUGAGCAUCUUCUAAAGAGGAGAAAUGUUCCCCAUGAAGAUAUCUGUGAAGAUUCUGAUAUAGAUGGUGACUUUAGAGUGCAAAAUACUUCUUUGGAGGCAAUAGUACAGAAUGCUUCAAGUGACAACCAGGGUAUACAGUUAAGUGCUGUGCAGGCUGCAAGAAAGCUGCUUUCCAGUGAUCGCAAUCCACCAAUUGACGAUCUAAUAAAAUCAGGAAUAUUACCUAUUUUAGUGCACUGUCUUGAAAGAGAUGACAAUCCUUCUUUACAGUUUGAAGCUGCAUGGGCUUUGACAAACAUUGCCUCUGGAACCUCUGAACAAACACAGGCUGUAGUUCAAUCUAAUGCUGUGCCACUUUUUCUGAGACUGCUGCAUUCACCUCAUCAAAAUGUUUGUGAGCAAGCUGUGUGGGCUUUAGGAAAUAUCAUAGGUGAUGGACCCCAGUGUAGAGAUUACGUUAUUAGUCUUGGAGUAGUGAAACCACUGCUGUCCUUCAUCAGCCCAUCUAUUCCCAUAACUUUCUUAAGAAAUGUUACUUGGGUCAUGGUCAACUUGUGCCGUCACAAAGAUCCUCCUCCGCCGAUGGAAACCAUUCAGGAGAUCCUUCCAGCGCUCUGUGUUUUAAUUCACCACACAGAUGUAAAUAUAUUGGUAGAUACAGUCUGGGCGCUCUCAUAUCUAACGGAUGCUGGCAAUGAACAGAUCCAGAUGGUGAUAGACUCCGGAAUAGUCCCUCAUUUGGUUCCUCUUCUCAGUCAUCAAGAAGUUAAAGUGCAAACUGCUGCACUGAGAGCUGUAGGAAACAUUGUCACUGGUACCGAUGAACAGACACAGGUAGUUCUGAAUUGUGAAGCUCUUUCGCAUUUUCCAGCACUUCUGACACAUCCCAAAGAAAAAAUAAAUAAGGAAGCAGUGUGGUUCCUAUCUAACAUCACUGCAGGAAAUCAGCAGCAAGUUCAGGCAGUAAUAGAUGCAAACCUUGUUCCAAUGAUAAUACAUCUUCUAGAUAAG